GAAAUAAGCGUUGAAAGAAAAAUAAAGGAGUACGAGAAAACUAGGAAUUUUCUAAGAGAGAAGAGGCAUCUCCUCUUUCCCGAUCCGAAGGAGAGCGAAACUAAAGUACAGGUGCUUUUUGGUCUUGGUCUUCCAAUGGAGGAGGAUAUAUCUAUGACUCUUGGUUACGUGUUGAAGUGUAAUUACAAUCUACCAUACAAUUCGUCGGAUUUCACAAGAGCUCACGCACGAUUUAAAAAGUUCACCGACAACGUUCUACCGCAGGGUGAAAAACCGGAGCACCGAGGUUUGAGUCGUUGGACUUUCUACAGAAUGUUGGAAUCAGCUAUGGAAAGGUUUGGAUCCGGUAAGGCUUGUUUACUUCGGGCCGUUUGCGAAUCAGCAUCGAAUCCCUUUGAGAAAGAACGCGGACUCCUAGGGGAACUUUUGCACGUCCUUCUUACACCUUCGACAACAUUUGAAGAAUACGAAAUUUACUCGGAUCGCGAAUACUUCGCGGCAGAAGCUAUCGGCCAAAAUUCCAAUGGGAAAUGUGGAUACUUUUAUACCGAGUGCCAAUACAAUCCGUUAGAUUAUUUUACAACCAUUGGGUGAAAUGUUCGUACGUGAACGUCCCUGAUUGCGAGAGACAAAACUUCUUGCAUUUAAGUGUCUCGACCCCCUCCCCCAGUUCUUUUUAUUUUCUUACAUUUUUAUAUCUGCUCUCUAUGCGAAUGAUCAUUUAUCAUUAUCAUUAUAUUUAUCGAGAAAAAUUCAUAUUUAGCAGUAUUUAACAGUAUUUAGCAGUAUUUGCAUCGUCAAAUAGUUAAAUAUAUAAUUUCAUUAUUUCCUAUAUGUACUGAUAUUCUAACAACACAAUUUGACGAUUGAUAGUAAAUCAAUUAGAAGCGAUCAGUUGGUGAGUUCAUUGAAAGUCAUUUAAUCCUUCCUAGUGUAGACUAAUAUGCUUA